AUGAAACGAACAAAUCAGGUAUCUCUUUUGGGUUUUUUUUUUAAGAAAGAGAGUCCAAAGCCCAAUAAACUUUUGCCAAUUGAAGAAGUAGGAAUAAAUAGAGCGGGGCCAUCAACAGAUACUGAUGACGAUGAAGUGAAGAAAGCCAGGAUGGAUUUGUGGUCGGCUACGUCUGCAGCCGCAGCCAGGACGGGUUAUUAUAUUGGGAAAUACGUAUGUCAUCCUCCAUGCAAUGACGAGGAAAAGCUGAGAGCAUUAAAAGAGCCUUGGAUCCCUCCGGAUACAUUUAAAUUUCCAGUCACUGAUACUGGUAAAAAGAAACUUUCUUUUCAACGCCAUUGGACUACCAGGUACUCAUGGCUUGUAUAUUCAAACCUCAUGCAGGGAGCACUUUGCAAAGUAUGUGUUCUACUUGGAAAAACACAAGGCGGUCGUGGUCAUCAAGAACUUGGAGCCUUUGUUAGUAAGCCAUUUAUUAACUGGAAGAAAGCUUUAGAGAGAUUUGAUCACCAUGCAGAUACGAAGUAUCACAAAUUUGCUGUUGAGCAGGCAGCAAAUUUUGCAAGGAUCAUGAAAGGAAAAAAGCUUGAUGUUACAGAAUGCAUGAAUGCAGAAAACAAUAAAAUUGCCGAAGAGAACAGAAAAAGAUUAAAAGCCAUUGUUGAAACAAUUAUUCUUUGCGGAAGGCAAGAAAUAGCACUAAGAGGAAGUCGUGAUUCUGGAGAAAUUGGGAUAAAUGAGCCUGAACAUAAUGAUGGUAAUUUUAGAGCACUUCUUCGUUUUCGUGCGCGAUCUGGCGAUGAAGCACUUAAGAAUCAUUUACUAACACAAAACAUUCACAGUAGAGCCAUGUAUACGUCAUCAGUAAUUCAAAAUGAGGUGAUUGAACUAUGUGGUAGUGCUAUUCAAACGCAAGUACUUAAUAGGGUCAAAGAGGAUGUUUUUUUUACUAUACUUGCUGAUGAAACACAAGACAUUUCACGGCGAGAACAAUUAGCGUUAUGUUUACGAUAUGUACACUGCUCAUCUGGGAACUCGGUUAUACGGGAAGAUUUUUUAGCAUUCAUUCACGUAGAAGAUGUUUCAGCUCAAGCUUUGGCAACGAUUAUUAUAUCACAUCUUUUAUCAUAUAAUUUGGAUAUGGAUAAAUGGAUUGGUCAAGGCUAUGAUGGCGCUGCAGUGAUGAGCGGCCGGUUACGGGGCGUAAGAACAAUAAUCUCAGAGCAAUACCCGAGAGCGCAAUUCGUACACUGUGUUGCUCAUGUUCUCAACAUAGUUUUAGCACAUUCAUGUGAGAUACCAAUGAUACGUAACUGUGUCGGAACCAUUAAGCGCGUAAUAAACUUUUUUCGCGACGGACUUUUGAAGAAAAUUGCGGAUCAAAUUAAUUCAUCUCAUUUCAACAUUUGCGAAUAUACAAAAACUGUAAAAACGACUUUACUAAAUGUUCGGGACGAAAGUCAGUUUGCAAUCCUUUUUGAGCAAACACAGCAGAUGAGUUCAGGCGAUAUAGUUGUGCCAAGAAUAACUGGAAGGCAAACCCUGCGCAAUAAUAUUGCAGCAGAAACUGCCAAAAUAUACUACCGACGAAAUGUGUUUUACCCUUUCAUUGAUCAUGUUAUUACAGAACUCGACGUUCGUUUUGAAUCACAUGAAUCGACGAUCGAAGGAAUUCAAAUGCUGUUACCUGAAAAAACCAGUAAUGACUCCAGGAUAAAGAAAAUAUUGAAAAGAUUGCACAAACAUUUCUGGGUGGAGAAAAUGAAGGCACAAUAUUUCUGA